AUCUUACACCCUGCAGUUAUGUGCUGGAUUGUUUCAGGCGCUUCUUUGCACAGCCUACACCUUGGGUUAUGAUGAUGACAUAUAUUAUAAUGGACGUAAAUGAAUGGGCCGGGUCUAUGAUAUGUAUAUAUAGUAGUUAUUAUAAAAUAUGUCAAAAGUUUAUUUAAAAAAUCUUUAUUGGAUAAAACUUUAUUGAAAAAAAAAAGAAAAAACACCCAAACUUUCUCGUUUGCUCAUCAAUUGCGUUCAUUUUAAGUUUAGUCGUUUGUCAAAUGUAAAUAAAUGUUAGUAAUCAGAUGACUGCUCUUAUUCUGCGUUCAUAAAACGUUGUAAUUUUUCUCUUGGACGCUUUUUAAAUGCUUUCUCUACACUAUGCGCGCCCCCGACUGCGCGCUCUGGAGGAAACGUGCAUCACCUCUCGCAUCUGCUUGCUGCUCCUGGCCCGCAUGCGCAGUGCGGCUCUCCAUCAUUUCCAAUAUCCCAGUGUAGGAGAACCAGCAGAGGCACAGAACUAAUGGGAAUCAUGGGAAAACAGGCGCCCAACCGUGUUCCGGAAGCAUCAUGCUGAGCAGACUCUUCGCGUCUGACUGAGUGACCAUUUUCAGGCUGUCGACAGAUAAAUGUUGAAGGAUUAAGAGUGAAGGUUUUUCCUCUCAAAGUCACGGAGAAGGCCCCCAACCACUACCCCACCGAACCCCCGCCCCCUUGAGUCGGAUGGCUCAGAGUGACUCGACGACGGAGGUCCAGGCGCCACUCAGCACUAUCGCCAUGAAGCAGCUGGAAGGGUAGGGUUUGCCGUGAGCUCGCCUCACCCAGACCCUUCCGCCUCCCCGUUUGCCGGAGCAGAGAGGUGCCACCGCGCCCUCCCCCUCCGCCCACCCCUUCCUCCCUCCCACCCUGCCCUCACCCCCACCACGGCUGUACAAGACGGAAGAUGACGAUUGUCGUGGAGACGCUGGUUGAUGUCUGAUGUAAAAACCUGUGAGGUGUCGAGCGUAAAACCAGCGGAGCAAUGAACGGAGGCAAGGACUGCGAGGAGGGAGCUGACCGGCCGGCCGGCCCCGUCCAGGUCCCCAUCGGCUGGCAGCGCAGGGCGGAGCAUGGCGGUGUCGUGUAUGUGAGCCCCAGUGGUUCGGUCCUGUCCAGCUUGGAGCAGGUGAAGACCUACCUGCUGACGGAUGGAACCUGCAAAUGUGGCUUGGAGUGCCCGCUUAUCCUCCACAAGGUGUUCAACUUCGACCCGGGGGCAGCUGUCAAGCAGCGAACGGCGGACGACGUGAAAGCGGAUGAAGACGUGACCAAGCUCUGCAUUCAUAAGAGGAAGCUGCUGGCCGUGGCCACGCUGCACAAGAGCAUGGAGACGCACCCGCCCCUGACGCUCAACAGUGCAGUGGCAGGUACGUCGUCCGUGGUCACAGUUCAUUCCGCAACUCAUCGAGCAAUAAGAGCUAAACCCCACGAGGGCCCGCCCAACGCCAUCAACCCAGACUGCAAGAAUCCCUACAAAAUGGUUAUGGCGGGACAGCAGCAGCACCAGAGGCUGUACUCGCCACAGGAUGUGGGCGGGGCCCAGCAGCCAGAGCUCUACUCUGGAUACUCGAGGGUGCCUCGGCUUGGAAGUGGAGAGCCUGGCCCUAAAUCCCCGUACCGGGCUGGGUAUGGAGGCAUGCUAAGCCCACCUCCUUCCGGUGCUAAACUUUACGGAGACGGGUCUCAAUCGCCUGGGGCAGACACUCUGGGCAGUCCUGAGGGCUUUUCAAGGACCAAUUCUUGUGGGUUUCCGGCGGUGGGGAGCCCUGGCUCGGCCUCCAUGCACGGAAACCCACGGACGCCUCUUUCCCCGCCCAGCAUGAUGCUUCACGGCUCCCCCGCUGGCCAGCCCUCUUGCGCCAUGACUGGGAGGACUAGCACACCCCUCUCCCCCACGGCCACUGCCAAAAGCCCCGUCAUGAACAUGAACCUGUCCCGGGGGAACUUUCCCCCAGGAGUUGAUGUGCCCCGUGCAGCCUUUCACCAUAAGACUCAGUCCCCUUUGCAUCCCGUCCCGCCCCCGCCAUCCAUACCCCCACCCUGCUCUCUCCAGAAAAGACCAGUGUCAUCAGAAAAGGACCCGUUAGGCAUCCUUGACCCCAUCCCCAGUAAGCCAGUUAGCCAGCCUGCCAUGAGCACCCCAAACCCCUCCAACUUCCAGCCCAACAUUCACUCUCAGGUACCAAUGAUGAAUGUAAACAUCCCCCCUCCUGCCAUCGUUCCCCUGCCAAGCAACUUACCUUUACCCACAGUGAAGCCUGGGCCCGUGGGGCAUGGCAGUCAUGUGCAAAGGACUCAGCAGAGUGGCCCACCCCCCUCCAUGUCCCCCUCCCCCGUCACGUCUCCUGUGCACAUGACGGGCCCCGUGCUCGGUAGGCUGGAGGCCUCGCCUCACCGCUCUCGCUCGUCCUCCACCUCCUCCGACCACGGAAACUUUGCCAUGCCCUCCGGGCAUCAGGCCCCAUGUGGCACCAUGAAAGUUCCCUCUCGCUCCCCGAGGCCGGCAAUGGGGUCUCCCAGGCCAUCCAUGCCUUCGAGCCCCUCAACCAACAAAACCGACCCACUCCACCAGUAUAAAGAGUCCCAGCUGAUUCCCGGGAUGGGCAACUCGGCUGGGGCUCACCAGCACACUAGUCCCAUGUAUUCCCCCACCCCAUCCACCCCAAUGUUGUCAUCUUCCCUGGCCCCGCCCAGUGCUUCCCAGAAAGGCCACCCCGGACUGCUUGGGAUGCCCCUGAACCACAUCCUGAACCAACAGAACGCUGCCUCCUUCCCUGCCAGCAGCCUCCUCUCAGCUGCAGCCAAAGCACAGCUAGCAAAUCAAAACAAACUGGGCUCCUCUGGUAACAGCACGGCAGGCGUGACUGGUGGUGCUGGCAUGCCGGGCAUGGGAGCAAGUGGUGGAAGUAACGGAGGGGGCAGCGGGCACCCCGGCUCUAUGAGUGGCCCUCGAAGCAUGGAGGGACACAGCACUUUAAACGCAAUGCUUCCCCCAAACUCCAGCAUGCUGCUCAAUACCCCCGAGGCGCCAAGUGGGCGGGCCGCCCUCCGAGACAAACUCAUGGCCCAGCAGAGGGACCCUGCGCGCAAACGGAAGCAGUCGUCGGGCAGCACCGUGACCCACGACGGCCCCAACAACAUUGUCUACAAUGUGAUCAACAAACCAGGCAUGGCAGGGAACCUCAUGCCCGGGCCUAGUGCUGCAGAGCAGCUGCGUAAAGUGGGCCGAAUGGGGAACCUCCCCCCAAACACUUCCAUGUCCCAGCUCCUGCAGUCCAUGAGCUCCCAGAGUUCCCACAACCUGACUGGAAACAGCCAUCGUCCAGGCCUGAGCCCGGGACUGGGGAUAGGCCCUCAGGGAGGGCCACAGAUGCACUACAACGACAACGUGGGGAUGGUCCCCACCGGCGCCCCUCCACAGAACCUCCUGGUACAACAGAGACAUCGGGGUCCAGCAGAAGCCGUCCAGCACUGCCAGAGCAUGGAGGCCCCUGGAGGCCACCUGGUAUCUCGGACAGGCCAGUUUCCCGACAUGAUGGCUCAGAUGCAGGUCUCCUCCAUGAGCAACUGCGGGCAGAUGGGGCAGGGCGGGCCGCCGGUGGGGCGCACCAACCCACCACCACUGUCCCAUCCUGGCCCUCACCAUUCACAGCUUCAAAGCAUGGGGAGGACCAACAUGGUGACGCCACACGGAGGCGGGGAUGUCAACUGCAACCAGAGUCUGUCUGAGACAGCAAACCCUUCGUCUCUGGGCUGCGGCAUGGGCGCCCUACAGCCGCACGUCAACGCAGUCGGGCCUCAGGUUUACCAGCAGCAGGUGCACCAAAGCAUGCAGCAAGGCAUGUCUCCACAUCCGGCCUACCAGGCGCAGCAGCACUUCUCCAACAGCAUUGCCUUCACAGACGGCAACGCCAGCUCCAUGUCCUGCCUCUACCAGAACUACCAGCAAGGAACGAUGUCACACCCACAGUUUGGCGAGGAGCAGCAGCCCCAAGGCGAGGGCCAUCCCCUAGGAACACCGGCAUCUGACAGGGGCCCCGGUGGAGGCCCGGAAGUGGUGGAUGCCAUCUACAGAGCCGUGGUGGACGCUGCGAGCAAGGGCAUGCACGUCACCAUCACCACCACCGUGAGCGGGACCACGCAGGCCAGUCCCGUGCCCGCGCUCAGUGCCAUGAGUGCCUUCACCGCCUCAAUCGGGGAGCCUGUCAACCUCCCCCAGGCGGUUAACAGCGUCUUGCACGGCCGGCAAGAGGGGGAGGCCUUACAGCAGGUCCGAGCAAGGCACGUGAGGUCAGGGCGUGGCCAGAAGAGCCUGGAUCCUGGAAAGAGGACUCCAGAGGUCCCCGAGGCCGGGGAUUACUUCCGUUCUCCCGGCCGGGGGACUCCUAGAGGACAAUGGGAUGGGGAGGUGCAGCACGGAGGAGGGUUUGACACUCAGACCAACAACAGUGUCUGGACUGGGGAGGAGAUGGUGGAUUGCUCCACCCAAGUAAGAAGUAGUCCCUGCAUGGAGAGGCCUGCCAGUCUAGCCCCUGCCCCUCCAUGCCCCGGCGACGGGUCUGGCGACCACGCCCUGGCCAUGGUCCACGACAAGGCCUUCCUGGAAGAAGGCUACCGGUACAACAACUGCAACCGGACGCCUGCAAACUACAAGGAACACCUGGAGCAGACCGUAGAGCGUUGCGCCCACAUCAACGGCGCUGCCCAGCAUUUCAACGUUCGGGGCUACGGCGACGUCCUGGGCCCCCCGAGGCAGGAGCUCACUGGAGACGACCAGUCGCCCAGCUCGUCCACCAGCCUGGAAGGGCCGCUGGCCACGGCCAAAGACUACGGCCACUACAAUGGCCACUUCAACGGCAUGGCGCCCAGCCCGUCGGACACAAAGAGCCUGAGCAGCGAGGAGGACCUGCGGCAGCCAGACUCCCCCUCCUCGGAGCUGCUCCACUACCGCUCCCGGACCUUCAACAUGGGGGAGCUGGUGUGGGGCCAGCUGAAGGGGUUCCCCCCGUGGCCCGCGAAGCUAGCCGGGGACGAGCAGGUGCACGGUGCCGCCAUGCAACUGCGAGAACAGGCCAAGGUGGAGCCGGAGAAGCUUAAAACACUAACUCAUGACUUGGAGGCACUGGACCGAGCUGCCAAACGAGGCCUGAAACCGGCGAAACUGAAUCACUUGCACGCUGUUUUCCACGAGGCCAUCAGCGAGCUAGAUAAGAUGUCAGGCACAAUCUCAUCGAGGGAUUGUCAGGUGAAGCUCCCCAAGCCCAAGAGGAGGAAGAUCUCCAGAUAACAUUGAAUGUGUCUGCCCCUCCCCCGCCUCCAGAGACUUCGUCCGUUCAAGCCUCGAUGCGAUCCGAGCUCUCACAGGUGCUACACAUGGACUCUUGGUGGUACCGUUCCGUUACCACGACUCGACUGACCCCCGGAAGGUGCCGGAGAUUCCAAUCACCGAUACAGUUUUAACUGUAGAAGAUGAAAAAACAACAACAGCAAAAAACUGUUGCAAUUUGUCUACAGCUCACUGAAUUAACUAUUUUUUUCUAGUAUAAAUAGAAAAAUCAAACAAAAAAAAGCUGCAAGCAUUACCUUACAUAUUUAAGAAAAAUAGACAGUCCAAAUAUUUCUGAUACAUUUUCAAUAUGUAUAUAGAUUAUCCUGAAAUUUCAUGCUAUUAAAAAUUGUAUGUAAAUAUUGUACAAUGUCAUGUACAAGCGUACUUAAUGCACAUUUUAUCUUUUAUUGUACAAAAUCAAAGCAGAAGAAGUGUACCAAGGUCUUGGUUUCUAUCAGAAAUGCGGCUGCGUACGGCCGCAUGCAUAGGAUAAAUAAGAAUACAGCCUAAACUUUUAUAUGACAAACUGUUUUUAUUUUUACUUUUUUUUUUUUUUUUUACCAUCUUUUUGUUUUUGUAAGGGAGCAGCAGAGGAACAGGCAUGAGUUUCCUAGCUCUCCUUUACAAAAGUCACUUCUCACCAGUUGAGUGUUUAUUUGUGCUGGGGAGAAAUUAUUACAAAAAAAAAUAACCAGAAUGAACUUUACCAACUGAAAGUGUUCAGUCUUUCCAAUUUUGCCAUCACAAACAGAAAAAGUUCUUCAAAGCAGCCUGGUUUAUGGGUAAGAUGUUUUCCUGACUAACAAGAGUGUGAAGAAGGAAAAGUCCACCUUUAACAGAAUCCUGUUCGAUCCAUUUCUACCUCUCAGUAUUGCUGUCAGUUGUCAGGAUAAACUAACCAAAAGGAGGGAAAUUUUUUACAUUUAAACGUCUCUAAAUCACUUUUUUUAUAUUUAAAGUUUCAGAUGAAAGAAGUUUCUUUUAAACCACUUUUAAACCAGUAAAAUAACCCACAACUUUGAGGACAGGAAAAAAAGACAUCUACUAUUUUCAGUUGUUUUUAAAACUGGAUCAAAACCGCCGCUAUGAAGGUCAAAGUCCAUAGCAACCAUUGAGUUUUAUUUUAUUCUCGGGUUGAUAAAUAUUGGCACUAAUUUUGGUUGAUCUGUCGCACAAAAAAUUUCCAUUUUUUUCUUAGCAACCAGCGUUUGUGCUCAAAACCCAGCACAAAUACAUUGAAACAACUCCAUCUCACUGUGUUUUAACCACAAAAUGUUUCUAGUCGUCUUUACCUGUCAGACUGAUUUCUACCUCUGAGUAUUGCUGAACUCCUUGUGAUAUCCAUUUUUGUGUCACAGCAAAUGAUGAAAUAAGUCUCAGUAAAGCUUUUAUGACAACUUUAAACCACUCAUGUAAAACAACUCAACUUGGAGGACUUUCAGAACAGGACAAGCUCAAAUGUUCAAUAGUUUUUAAUACUGGGGUGAGAACAGCAGCCAUGAAGGUUAAAGUCCAUAGCAACCAUUGAGUUUUAUUCAAAUCUUGUGUUGAUAAAUAUUUGUGCAAAUUUUAGUUUAUCCCUCAUUAAAAAAAUCGAAUCCAAUCUAAGCUUAAUGUUGGGUUUUAGCCAAACCCAGUUUCAAGUUGUUUUCAAGGUAAAAUUUUUUGAAAUAUUUGGAUGAUAAAUAGUUGGAGCGUAAUCUGACUAAAGGACAAUUAUGUGGCAGUAAUUCUGUUUGACUUCUUUCCAAAAGUACUAGCGCAGCAACGAUGACCGCUUGUCCCAAGAUUAGUAAUAUCAGGUGGAGGGUUCUUAGUUUUUUUCUCAAAGUUGGGGGAUGUUUUUAAACCGAUGAUGUCAUCAAAAGACAGAAAAACAGUUCUAACGUCAGCAAAAGGUUCUUGUUGGGGUGGAUUUUUCCUUCUAGAGAACCAGCCUGCACCUUUGAUUGUGUUCAUUUAUGCCGGGACUAUAGCUUUAGAUAGAAUUAUUAGAUAUAUAACACUAACUUUUAAUUUAGGGGCCUUUUUUUAAUGUAAAUUAUUUGUGUACAGUUCUGCAUAUUUAUUUUAAGCUUUACAAAUAUAAUAAUGGCAAUAAUACUACCAGGAGUUGAGAACUCGAGCCUUACGUGUGUAUAUGUGUGAUUUUCAGCUGACACGGUGAGAAAUCAUGUUCAUCAUAACGUUUUUUUUAUAUUAUUUAUGGUUUUAGUGUUACAGGAAGUAAGUGACACGCAGGUUCUUUGUUUGGUUUUUUCUAACGUAAGUUUAUGAGAGGGGUUCGGAUUGAUACGUUUUAACUCGGCAGACUUUAACCGGCGGUGCUGAAGCUGCUCGGAACCCGAACGAAAUCGCUACAGAACGAUCGAGUGCAAUAAAAACGUUUAGGUAACAGGCGGCAGCUGGCGUCCCUUUGAUCAGUGUCGUUUGUUACGUUUGUUUUUGUUUUUCUUUUGAUGUGCUCGAAUUUCAAACGCUUUUUCUUUAGGAGUUCUCCUCAGUGUCUGAGCAGCUGCGAGAUUCGAUGCUACGUACACACUGCACCGUUUUUGUACGCUCUUUUAGCAUACGGCUGUCCACUACCCAAUACUAGCGCACGCUUAGUGCGGAAUAUCGAAGCAGUGCAAACUUUUUCUUUCAGUCCCAAAACAUAUCGUAUAACAGCAAUUAUUAAUUUCUCCUUUGUUAUCACUUAUCAAACGGCCGGCACUUCUGCAUUUUGGAAAAGACGUUACCCGUCCCAGAUUGGUCAAAAUUACAACUGAUUGACAGUUUGUCGCGGGUUCAACUGCAGCGCAUUUUGUACGUAUGAAAACGGACUGAAAAACGUGCAGAUUUUUACAUGUACGCUUACAUAGACUUUCCGUUAAAAGUGCUCAUUCGAACGCGUGUUUGUGUGAACGCAGCAUCAGUUGCGGAAGCAAAAUUGUUCCCUAAUUGUUGCUAGUAACUUUAUAAGCUUUUUCUUUUAUUUAGGACUCAAAACACUAAGCGUUUCGGAGGAACCUGCCUGACCGCAGAGCAUUUGAUUGUAAACGUCUUUCUUUAGUGUGUCACAUUUGUUUAGCUUUACUACACGAGCGACUUUUUUAAAUCGACAGCUUUUUUGAUUUGAACCGUAAAGACCUUUUCUUUUUCUGCAAACUAAAAAUAGUUAAAAACGUGAGCUCUUUCGGUAAAGUUCAUUCUGCUCUCUGCCCCGUUUCUUUUGUGCAAUGACAUCCAGGGGCCCGCCCCCAACCCACCGGGGGUGGGCCCAACCCCCCUACGUGUUACAGAUCUGUCCGUUUUCAUGUUCGUGGUCAAAAGUUGGAAGCAUUUUUUGUGUUUGAGGUUGUUGUUUUUCCUCUGCCUUUUACUGUGUGUUGAGGUGUGAGUGUGACUUUUAUUUUCUUCUUUCAGAUCUCUCUUCCCUUUUCUCAUCAGUAUUUUAUUUUCCUCAGCUUGUAAUUAAGUAUAUAUUUUCUCCCUAAUAUAUACUUAACAGAAAAAUAAACUUUGCGUGAAGUAUGAUGUGUACUUGAUUGCUCUUUUUUUCUUUUUUUUGCAUUAAUGUGGGCUAGGGAUAGUUUGUCAGUCCAUUAUUUUGAAAUUGUCGGGACAUUUUUUUUAAAUGGUUUGAUGUAAGCAGCAGAAUAUUUUGUAAAUAUUGUGAAACAUUACAGGUCAUGCAGUGAUGUAACAUUUUGAAUAAUGUUGCACAGAUGUUUAAGAUAUUAAAAACAUGUUCACUCUUACUUGAAUAUUUGUUUACAAAGUUUUUUUUCUCUGCUUCUAUUUUCCCUGAAAAUUAAAAAUAUGAUAAGGUA